GGGGAGAAGGGUGCCCAUCUGGCAGCAAAGUUGAUGGGUAGUGGGGAGGCAUCAUUAGGUGACGCCCUGUGGUGCUGCUCCAACCUCUACAGUGACAUCAAGCUUCGCCUCUCACAAAAGAGGCUCAUGAUUUUCACAUGCAGGGAUGAACCACAUGUGGGUGACAGUACAAAGGACCGACAGGCUCGCAUCAAGGCCAGUGACCUGAAGGAGACUGGUGUUGUUAUUGAUUUAAUACACCUGAUGAAAGUGGAUGGCUUUGAUGUGUCGCUCUUCUUUCGUGACAUUGUAAGUCCACCUGAGGAUGAGAGUGAGCUGGGGCUGCAGCUGGAGCCCUGUGACAAACUGGAGGACCUCAAGAAAUGGGUUCAGGCUAAGGAACAGAAAAGGAGAUUGGCCAGGAUGAGCUUGUGCCUUGGUGAGGGUCUAGAUGUUGCAGUGGGAGUUUAUGCAACAGCAGUGCAAGCUCAGAAACCUACUCCAGUCAGACUUUACAGGGAGACCAAUGAACCAGUUCACAGUAAAACCCGCACCUUCCACACCCAGACUGGCAGUUUGCUGCUGCCCAGUGAAAUAAAGAAAGUACAGGUAUAUGGCAAGAAACAAAUAGUGAUGGAAAGAGAUGAGGUGGAUGCCAUCAAGAAGUUUGGUGAUCCUGGGUUGUUCCUGGUUGGAUUCAAGCCAAUGGAGAAGCUCAAACUGCAUCAUCACAUCCGAUCGUCUGUCUUCAUCUAUCCAGAGGAGGACGAAGUAAAAGGAAGUGCGUGUCUGUUUUCAGCCUUGUUGAAGAAGUGCAGUGAGAGGAAUGUUUUAGCUCUCUGCCGUUGCAUCACCCGCCGAAACUGCCCACCUCGAUACGUUGCCUUGGUGCCUCAACUGGAGGAGGCUGACGAAGGGAAACUUCAGAUUACACCACCAGGUUUUAAUAUCAUCUACCUGCCAUAUGCAGACGACAUGCGGACCCUUGAUCCUCCUCACUGUCCUCCAGCCUCACAGAAGCAGGUCAACAAGAUGAAGGAGAUUGUCUACAAGCUCCGCUUCACAUACAAGAGUGAUGCUUUUGAGAACCCAGUUCUCCAGCAGCAUUACAGGAACCUGGAGGCCUUGGCUUUGGAUAUGAUGGCUCCAGAAGACAUUGAUGAUCACAUCAUGCCAAAGGUGGAUCAGAUUGACCACCGUCUGGGUCCUUUGGUCCAAGAGUUUAAAGACCUGGUGUACCCUGCUGAUUACAAUCCAGAGACUAAACCUGCUCCUAAACGCAAAGCCGCUGAUGCUGGAAGUGGAGCUGAGAAAAAAGCCAAAGUGGAGGUGACAGAAGCUGAACUAAGAACCCACCUGCAGAACGGCACCUUGGGAAAGCUGACGGUGCCUGUACUGAAGGAGGCCUGUAAGCAGUUUGGGAUUCGGACCACCGGAACAAAGAAGCAGGAACUAAUUGAUGCUCUGACUGGAAAGCUGGGCCCAUGAGGAUCUGCUGGUCUGUAGGACAAACCGGUGACCAGUUAAGGUUUUUGAUGAGCUGCAUUUGAUUCAGAUCGUGUUCACUUCACUUUUCAGACAUUAUGUUGGAUGAGUUUAAAAAAAAGUCUAAACUGCACAGGAAAUCAAAUUUUUAAAAAUAC